CUUCAGCCUUGGACCUGGUAGCUUCGCCAUGCUCAUGGGUUGGUUGCUUUCCACCCAUGUCCAGCACAGGAAGAUCUUACUACUCACGCGAUGAAGUGGCUAUGGUGCAAGGUGUUUGGCCUGUGGAACUCCUCCAGGAUCCCAGGCGGCAGCCGCGUGUCCUGAAUACAGCGGGUGAGUUUGUGAAAGAACUACUGCUGGGUGAUCACGUGGAGGACUUCGUGGUGCUGCCGCGUGGCACCGAGUUGCUGGAUCUGAGCUUCCAGGAUUCCAUUCCUGAAGAUGUCCGCCAGUGCUUGCACAAUUGUCGCAGCGCUCACGACUUCAUCGCCAGGGUCUUGCAGCGUCCCGAGAUGUUGGAGAAGUAUCGGGCUGAUGUGGAAUACAUCGACCCCAAUCGCCAGCAGCGGGACAUUCUCCGCAAGGACAAGUUGAACCUGAGCAAACGCAUCCGCGAAGCCCUGCGCAUGGCGGAGGCAGGGGAGGCGAAUCCAGCCCUCCUCUAUGUGGCGGAGAUGAGGUUGCAGAAGGAAACACCUCAUCCCAUCGGUGGGGAGAACGUCAAGACCAUUUGCCGACGGGACAUGAAGGAUGUGCUGGGCCCUUUGGGCCAGUGGACGCUCUACUGGGAUCGCUAUGACGAAGGCUUCUUCGCGGGUGGCCGGUGCAGUGGCAAGGGCCUUCACGUCGAUCAGGUCUUGUGGAGCAACGUGGGCCGCAACUACCAGGGCUACAAGUUGCUGGCCGCCUGGCCUCGGGGCCAAGUCAGCAAGGAGGUGGCCAUGGAGUUCUACGACGUGCUCUUUGCACCACCUUUGCGUCCAAGAGAGCUAGAGGCCUUGCACAAAGCUGCAAAGGUGGUCUUGUUGCGGCCAGGGGAUGUCUACAUGUUCAGCGGCGGGGUCGCACACACUGUGAUCUGCGUAUCCCAGGAGAUGUGCCUGGGAGUGUACGAGUCCUUUGUGAAUCUGAACCCUUUCCAUGUGGACCACUUCCUACACACUGCAGACCUGGAAGGCCCUUUCUUCUUGGAUUCCUACUCCAUGAGCCCACGGUCUUUCAGGGAGACGAAGGACGAUUGCCUGGAUCAGCUGGAAGAUGCGGCGCAGCACUUCGAGAAGGGCGGCCUCCGACGGGUGCUGCAGGAAACUGUUCCAGUGGCUGAGGCUCCUCCGAGCUGGUUUCAGCUGCAGUUGAGGCUCUUGUCGGAUGAUGACUUCCUCAGAACUUUGCAGCAACAUUUCGCUCGCGCUGUGGACCUCUGUGCAGGCGAUCGCUACUUCCGGCGGCACCUCCUCCAGAAAGUCCGCUUCGCCUCCAAGGCAUGUGGUGGGUAUGGUGGGGACGUGCCCUUGAGACCAGGCCAACCGGUGGAUUCCAGUUCGAGCUACUCGAGCGAUAUGUCCGACGUGGAUGAGAAGCCAGGCUGAGAAAAAA